AGAAUCUUCUAUAGCUUAAGGAGCAUUAGCUAAUUAUAUGAGAUGCCGAAGCAUGGAAGCAGUAGCAGGAAGAAGUCUUCAAGGAGUAGAAGAUCGGAAGAAUCCAGUUCUGCUUCUGAGGAGGAGAGUGGCCAAAAUCGGCACAAGAAGAGGUCUUCAAGGGAGAUAACUGAGGAAGAAAUUUCUGAGUAUUUGUCCAAGAAAGCUCAAAAGAAAGUAUGGGGUUUGUUGCUACUGUUUUUUGCUUUGUUUUCCAGGUCUGGUUUUGAUACUAACUUCCCCCGCUCCGAUGUGCAGGCACUCAGAGUUGCUAAAAAAUUAAAGACGCAGACAGUUUCUGGUUAUUCAAAUGACUCAAAUCCUUUUGGUGAUUCCAACCUAAAUGAGAAGUUUGUGUGGCGAAAGAAAAUAGAGCGUGAUGUUGUACAGGGCGUACCACUUGAGAUGUAUUCAGUGAAAUCAGAGAAAAAGAAACAGAUAGGAAGGAUGGCGGAGAUUGAGAAAGUGAAGAAGAGAAGGGAGGAGCGAGCAAUUGAGAAAGCAAAAUAUGAAGAGGAAAUGGCGAUGUUGGCUAGAGAACGUGCUAGGGCUGAGUUCCAUGACUGGGAAAAGAAAGAAGAAGAGUUUCAUUUUGAUCAAAGCAAAGUCAGGUCAGAGAUUAGAUUGCGUGAGGGGCGUAUAAAACCCAUUGAUAUUCUCUCCAAGCAUCUUAAUGGUUCAGAUGACUUUGACAUCGAGAUAAAUGAACCAUACAUGGUCUUCAAGGGUUUAACAGUGAAGGAAAUGGAAGAGCUUCAUGAUGACAUAAAAAUGCACCUGGAUUUGGAUAGGGCAACACCGACACAUAUAAAGUUUUGGGAGGCAUUAAUGGUGGUUUGUGACUGGGAGCUGGCUGAGGCUCGGAAAAAGGAUGCCUUAGAUCGUGCUCAAGUACGGGGACAGGAACCACCAGCUGAAUUGCUUGGUGCGGAAAGAGGUUUGCACUCGAGCAUUGAAGGAGAUGUCAAGAACGUCCUGGAGGUGAAGACUUACAAUGAGCUAGAGGAAUUAGAAUCACUGAUUGACUCAGGGUUGCAUUCUGGCACUGCCAAGGUGGUAGAGUUCUGGCAGGCUGUUCAGAAACACCUUACGAUAUAUAAGGCAAAGGCUCUUCUAAAGGAGAUUCAUGCUAAUCUAUUGCAUAAACAUCUCCAACGCCUGGAGCAACCUUUGGAGAGUGAGGAAGACUUGGAAGGAGAUCAUAACUUAAAUCCUCAAGAGGACGCCAUUCAUGCUGUGGAAGAUGUUCAACAAUAUUCUCCUGUGCCCCUGACCGAUGAAGAGACUCAUGAGCCUGAAGAAGAACCUGGUUCAUUUUCACCGCAGCUGUUGCAUGGUGAUGAAAAUGAAGAAGCAAUUGACCCUGAAGAGGAUAGGAUUGAACUGGAAAGAAAAAGAGUUGCUGUACUAGAAGAACAGCAAAGACGGAUUAGGGAAUCAAUGGCAUCAAAACCAAAUUCAUCAGAAGAUAACUUGGAGCUGAAGGCCAUGAAAGCUAUGGGAGCUAUGGAGGAAGGGGAUGCAGUAUUUGGCUCUGGUGCUGAAGUCAACCUGGAUUCGCAAGUAUACUGGUGGCAUGAUAAAUACCGUCCAAGGAAACCGAAGUAUUUCAAUCGGGUUCACACUGGAUAUGAGUGGAACAAAUACAACCAAACCCACUACGACCAUGACAAUCCACCUCCAAAGAUUGUGCAAGGUUACAAAUUUAAUAUCUUUUACCCAGAUCUUGUUGACAAAACAAAAGCUCCAUUGUAUACCAUAGAGAAAGAUGGAAGCAGUGGCGAGACAUGCAUUAUAAGAUUUCAUGCUGGGCCACCUUACGAAGACAUUGCAUUCAAGAUUGUGAACAAAGAGUGGGAAUAUUCCCACAAGAAGGGUUUCAAAUGCACAUUUGAGCGGGGCAUUUUGCAUGUCUAUAUUAACUUCAAACGCUAUCGUUACCGCCGAUAAGUUAAAACAGGCCAAUGGUGUGUGGUACUUCAAGAUAUUCUCUUGUAUGGUAAGUGCCUCAGUGGUCUUUCACAUUUACUAAUUGUAACAAAUGAUUAUUUAGAUGCUUUUAGUGUUUGAGAAAUGAAUUCUUACUGUUUAUUCAA